GCCCACAAAUCGAAGAGUGAACGUAAAAAUUUACGCGACAGAAAGCUCGUGAAAAUUGUGUUUACGACAAUGUGCGUGCGAGACCGCACGUGAAAUUUCGUAUAAAACCACUCGGGUGAGAGUGAUUUUAAGUGAAGUGAAGUGGUGCACCCAGGAACUAUUUUCAGGGAAACAGGUCCACAGAUUGUUGUCUAGUACGUUGACUUCAUGCACGGUUCAUUGAUUAUGUUCCCAUUUAUAAGGCUGGCUGUGAAGGAGGCUUUUAGUUACCACACGGCUGCAGUCUUGGAAGAGUUAAGCGCACAUUUUGAGCAUAUAUAGAAUAUAAAUAUGCUCAAGCUCGGAAUACACAUUCUAUUUAUGUUGGCUAUAACAAUGGAUUUAGUAUCGGCAAUGCCGUAUCCCGACGGCGGUCAUCAUGAACACACGCACUUCAUCAUUCACGUGCCGCAUUUCAUUCACAAGCACCAUCAUACACACGUGAAGAAGAUUUACAUACCGGUUAAGAAACACGAUGACGACUACCAUGAACAUGAAGAUGACGGCUGGUAAAUUAUUUUG